AUGGUCCACCUUAUGAGCUCCAAGCGGGCUUACAACUGGUUCGUUUCACUCGUUGCGGCAUCUUGCAUGGUGUUGUACGGUUACGAUGCGUCGGUCUUCAACUCCGUCCAGGGAUCGGCUAAUUGGGUAGCCUAUUUCAACGACCCAGAUGAGAAUACACUCGGUUCGAUCAACACUGCAUACACAGUCGGUGCCAUCUUCGGUGGUUUCUUCGUCGGAGGACCUACGGCCGAUUACCUUGGUCGCAAGGUCGGAAUGGCUAUCGGCUGUGCUUUUGUCAUCGUUGCUACGUUCAUGCAGACCUUUUCUCCGCGUGGUAAUAUUGGUUGCUUCAUCGGUGGCCGUGUUCUGAUCGGUAUUGGCCAGGGUAUUGCUUUGACUGCUGGUCCUAUCUACAUUGGCGAGCUAGCUCCUGCAGAGAUCAGAGGAAAGAUCAUGACCUUCUGGCAGAUGUUUUACUCUGUUGGCUCGUUCAUCUGCUUCUGGAUCGCCUAUGCAUGCACCCGAGCUCCUCAGCUGGGAGAAUGGGACUGGAAAUUAAUCAUUAUCUUCCAGCUUUUCUUUCCUAUUCUUAUUAUUUGCCUCCUUCCCACUGUCCCCGGCAGUCCUCGUUGGUAUAUCAAGCGCAAUAACGACAUCGAGAAAGCACGAUCCGCUCUCCGCCGGGUCCGAGACACUGAAGAAGAAGUCGAAGAUGAAAUCUUGCAGAUUCGCGAAGCCCUCGAAUACGAGAAGGAAGCCAUCUCCGGCGGAUACAGCGCUCUGUGGAAGGACAAAUCUCUCCGCAAGCGCAUGUAUCUUGCUCUAGUGAUCAACGCCGGUCAGCAACUUACCGGACAGGGCUCCCUGAACACCUACUCGACCAAGAUCUACCAAAAAGUGUUCACUCACGAAAGCCAGAUCUCUCUGAUCAACGCUCUCAAUGCCACUUUUGGUAUUCUCUUCACUUUGAACACUAUCUGGUUCAUUGACCGAUUUGGCCGCAAGGCUCUUCUGAUCGGAGGUUCUAUUGGUAUGGGUCUGUGCAUGAUCAUCGUUUCCGCUGUCGAAACGGAGACUCCAAAUAUGGCGAACGGAGCCAAGUCUGAACCCGUCGGCAUUUCGAUUGUUUUCCUCUUCUUCUUGUUUAUUCUAUUCUACAAGCCUUCUUGGGGUGCAACAGUUUGGAUUUGGACAGCCGAAGUCUUCUCCAUGAACGUUCGCGCGCAGGCAGUUGGCAUGGCUUCGCAAACACAAAACGUUGCCAAUACCAUCUUCCAGCAAUUCUUCCCUAUCUUCCUCAAAAAUGACGGCUUCUAUGCGUUCUAUCUGUUCGCUGGAAUCAAUUUCUUGCUGGGUCUCUUUGUAUUUUUCUUUGUUCCGGAGACUAAGCAGGUUCCCCUUGAAGAGAUCGAUGCCUUGUUUGGUGGAGCCAACCAUGUGACUCAGGGAGAGGAGGUUCUCGCAAACCAGAAGGCUGUUAAUGCGCGUGAGACUCAUGAGAAGCCCGCCACUGUUAACGUUGAGAAUGUUGAUUCUCAUUGA